GCAAAUUCUACAUACUUCUCCUCUAGAUUACUCUUUUUCGGUUUGUUCCGACAGAAAAAACAGCAGUCCCUAUAAAGCAUGGUCUUUUCAAAUUCACCGCCCAAUUACUCUCAAUUUCUACAGGAUCUGCAAUUUCAAUUCCCAAUGAUCAGAGAAUGAUGACAUACUGGAGAAGAGGAUGAAUUUAUGCGAAUUUCUAGGGUUUGUGUUAGGGUUUGUUCUUUGCGUGAGUAGAUGUACUUACGGAGAAUCAUCGAAAUGUUUGACGGUAUAUAAAGAAGGUGGUGCACCUGCCGUGUUUAAAUCUCCUAAAUGCCCUCGCUGGAAGCUACCAGAAUAUGGUUCUGAGCAAUGGUCGAAAUUGCCGAAUGCUAGGUGCCAAACUGCCUUGCAUCAAGGUCGCCGCAAGUCUCAAGAAGAUCGAAUUCUAUGUGCUCUCGAUAUUCACAUCCCUUUCCCCAGUAGUGAUGGUAUUACUGAGGUUACUGUUGGUGUUGUCGCAGUUUUUGAUGGUCAUAAUGGCGAUGAAGCAAGUGAAAUGGCAUCAAAGCUAUUGCUACAGUAUUUCACAUUGCAUACAUUUUUUCUUCUUGAUGCAACAUUUUCAGCUCUUUCAAGGAAACUGAUUGGGCUUUUGCCAAAUGAAAUAGGACAUAGUACUCUGCGUGACCUGAAUUGGGAGCUGGAUGAGUUGAACGUUGGGAGGCUCAAGCUUACUGUUUCAUCAAUCAUUGAUCGAUCUUUUCAUUUGGAAUUAUUGAGGGAAGCAUUGCUAAGGGCAAUUGAUGAUAUUGACUCUACAUUUUCAAGGGAUGCUUCUAGACAUAAUUUUGGUUCUGGCUCUACCGCCACAGUUAUUCUUAUGGCAGAAAAUCAAAUUUUAGUUGCCAAUAUUGGAGAUUCAAAGGCAUUUUUAUGCUCUGAAGAAUUUAAAUCUCAAGAAGAGACUAAAGCUAAUUUAUUGAGGUUGUAUAGGCAAACAAGAGGCUUUGGAAUUUUCGAACCUGUGAAGAACUUCCGAAGCUUCAAGUUGGCAGCUCCUGACCAGUGGCCUUUUCUGAUUGCUAAGGAACUGACUAGAGACCACCAUCCAGAUAGGGAUGAUGAGAGGUCUCGAGUGGAGACUGCAGGAGGACAUGUUUCUAAGUGGGGUGGCGUAGCUAGGGUUAAUGGUCAAUUGGCUGUUUCUAGAGCAAUAGGUGAUGUUUAUUUUAAAAGUUAUGGUGUUAUAUCUGCUCCUGAAGUCACUGAUUGGCAACCUUUGACAGACAACGACUGCUAUUUGGUGGCAGCAUCUGAUGGCGUUUUUGAAAAGCUUAGCUCACAGGAUAUUUGUGACAUAUUAUGGAAUUUACACGCUGAUUUCGCUGUGCAAUCAAAACUCGCUUAUUCAUGUUCAUACUCCUUAGCUGACUGCAUAGUGAAUGCUGCUUUUGAAAAGGGUAGUAUGGAUAACAUGGCAGCUGUUAUCCUUCCAGUUAGAUUGAAUGAUUUAAUGCAGGCAGUUGUGAAGAAACCCCAUGCAGGAAUGAAAAAUUUCGAUUGGUUAUCUUCAGGAGAUAGUAAUUAUAUUUCUCAACAUUCAGUAACUGGUAUCAGCUUAUCGAAUUCCUGCACGACUGCCUGUACUUGUCCCAAGACUAUUGCAGUGUUUAGCGAGGAGGAUGAUCAUCCACUUGAUUCCAAUUUUGGCAGAUUAUUGGUUGAAGGAAACCACAGCAACUUUGGAUGUUUCUACCUAUCUGAGAACCUUGAUGUUAACGAUGAGUAUACCUUCUGGGUUCAGAAGGACAUCGAUGAAUAUGAACAUGAGCUUCUCCAUGCUUUACCUGAUAGCAUUGGUCAAGGUGGAGCUUUAGAUCUAUAUAAUGAUCAGCACAUGUGCAUGCACUUUGGGAUGAACUUUAGUGAUAAUAACGACCAGUGCAUUAAUCCUGAAGGCUUUGCAAGGUUCCUUGGGUUGCUUGAAUCUAUUCCAUUCAAUGAUAGCAGUACAAAUGAUCAUGCCAGAGCAGAUUCUAGGUACAUUCUAAAGAAGAAAUAUGAUCGUGGAUCUUAUGGUGAAGUUUGGAUAGCUUUUUAUUGGAAUUGUUCUCAUGUCAUCAAGUCUCCAAAAGGUAGCAAUUUUUCAGCCUAUACCAUGAAUGAGGGGGCUAAUAAUGAAACAAGGAGGAACCCAUCAUCUGCUGAUGUCUGUGAUGAUGGCCCUUCCAAUAGCAGCAUGUUCAUUUUGAAGCGUAUCAUGGUAGAGAAAGGCACUGCUGUCUAUUUAAGUGGGCUACGGGAGAAAUAUUUUGGUGAACUCUUCUUGAAUGCUUAUACUGUUCUUGGAGGUUCACUACAGGCUGAAGAAUCAAAUUCCCUCUUGCUAAAUGCAAGACAUGAUCUGCAUGAUUCCGUGGGAAUAUAUGAAUCAGCGGAUCUAGAAAGGCAAGGCACUUUGAGGUUCGACAAAGUAUAUGGUAAAAAGGAGGAUAUGCAGAGAACUGCCUUUGAGGAUGGCCUUAAUCACAUUGCCAGAUAUGUAGAGUCUUUCGAGUCUCGAUCCAAUGAGAUAUGGCUCGUGUUUCGCCAUGAAGGGAUAUCCUUAUCAAAGCUUCUCUAUACAGCUGAAGAAGUGAUAAAUGAUUCAGAGGGAGGAAAUGAAAAUAUAAAGCAUAUUCAGAUAUUACAUCCAUCAAAAUGGUGGAAAUGGUUGAAGACAACAGAAGCAGGGCGACAAGAAAUGCGUAAUCUGAUUUGGCAAUUGUUGAUGUCACUUAAGUCUUGUCAUGAUCGCAAUAUCACCCAUAGAGAUAUAAAACCUGAGAAUAUGGUCAUUUGCUUCGAGGAUCAAGAUUCUGGGAGGUGCUUGAAAGGAUAUCCGAAUGAAGAUGAGAAUUAUAUAACUAAAAUGCGUAUUAUUGACUUCGGUAGUGCAGUAGAUGAGUUCACACUGAAGCACUUGUAUGGGUCUGUUGGUCCUUCAAGAGAUGAACAAACUUAUGAAUAUACUCCACCUGAAGCUCUUUUGAAUGCAAGUUGGUACCAAGGGCUGACUCCCACCACCAUGAAGUAUGAUAUGUGGAGUGUUGGUGUAGUAAUCUUAGAACUGGUUUUGGGUACGCCAGACGUGUUUCAGGUGAGUUCUAGAACACAGGCUCUCUUGGACCAGCACCUGGAGGGUUGGAAUGAAAGCUUGAAGAAGCUUGCAUACAAACUCAGAUCUUUCAUGGAAAUGUGUAUUCUGAGCCCUGGAGUUACCUCAAAACUUCAUCAAACUAGAUCAAAAUAUAACCAGGGCUCUGCUUCACCAGCUCCUUGGAAAUGCUCUGAAGAGUUCUUUUCUCAUCAAAUUAAAAACAGGGAUCCUCUGAAGAUAGGGUUCCCGAACAUAUGGGCACUGCGGCUAGUACGUGAACUAUUACAAUGGAAUCCUGAAGAUCGACCAAGUGUAGAUGAGGCUCUAGAACACCCAUACUUCUCGCAAAAGUGAUAAAAUACCAGGUGGGAUACCUGCUCCUGUAUGAACAGCUUAAAGACGACACAACCUGCAUACCUUUACCCGAGGUUCUGUGAUUCGGUUGCCUUGUGGCCCAUUCCCCACCUCUCUCUCUCUUGAAAUGUCCCAAUGGGACACUGGGGCUUCACAAGUGAAGCUUAUGGUUAUUUCAUUGAACUUAUUGCCAUUUGCCUGGUGUGUAAGCUGAAGGAAUAGAGAAAUGGGCAGCAAAGAAUGAAGAGCUGGAAGAAUAGGGAUAUUUCUUUGUUUCUUUACCUUGCAGCAUGGAAUUUCUUGAACCAAUAUUUCAAUGUUGAUUGUUUGGGAGGAUAAGCAUGUCAUGUCUUUUAGGAUUUUAGUUAUGUACAUGGAUGGUAUAUAGUUCACAAUAACAUAGUUUAGUUUAACCUGUCAUAGCUAACACAAAAGGUCAUAAACACUAUAUGGAGCUGUGGAAACUUUCAAUCUUUGGAAGCUUAUAGCAUAUUUGGUAAUCCUAUUAAGUACAAGCAGAACCAUGAAAUGGUGUGGUUGAAGGUUGA